AUGGAGGGCCGCGCUGAGACCAAAACGCCCGACGUAGAGGCGCCUCGUUCCGUUGUUCUGUCUCCGAGGCAGGCCAAGCGGAAGACCUUGCCACUCUCGGCGUCAGAGCCCGGUAACACCAGUUGCCGUCCUCCAUGGGCUUCUUCAGCCUCUAGCCACCUGGCGGCCACGCUCGUCACUACUGGCCGUGCUUGCCAAAGCUGCGAAUCUCGCAGCAAGGCUCCAGAAGUCGAGUCAGCAACAUGGGUCACCGCGGAGCACCGGCGCUUGAAGACAGACAGAGUGGCCCGUCGCAAACUCCUCGUUUGCUUUUUGCUUUGGUUAGGAGGCAAUGUUGCCCUCCAAGACUCCAGCAGGACCGGCAGUCCUGCAGACCAUCUGGGCGACAACCUACUCGCCCAGGGUAGCCAGAAUCGCUGUUGUACGGUGGGCCAGGACGGCGAGUCGCCGUUCAAAGUGAAGAACUGUACACGUUGCGGAGAGUGUCUGGACGAUGUCAAUAACGGAGAAUGGGCGAGAAGAUCCUGUUCGGCACCAAAACCAGUGGACGCUUGUUCACUCGAUGGCGUCCUGCGGCGCUUUUCCUUUUCGAACUUCCCUAGAAUUAUACCUAGACGGCGCGACCGGCCGCCUGUACUCAACGUCGGAACGGUUACUCCUCCAGAGGCGGUGCAUAGUAUCAAGAGCCAGCACAAUGGGAACUUCAUGCCUUUCGUCCCGUUUGCUUUCCUCGGAGCAACUGCGAAGGAAGUGACGUCGACCGACACAACGAUGCCGGGCGUGGUCCGUGUCACGCCACCUCGCAGGUCUGCGCUCAAGCAGGAAGGCCCAGAUUGGCAUCGGGACGAUGUUUCCUUCGGCGUGGUAACAGACGCUGCUUCUGCCGACGACACCCGCAAAGACCGGAGGUACGAUGCCCCUUCGCCUUCCGCCGAGACAUUCCCCGCUUCAGCAGCUGCAACGGAGACAUCUUCAGAGAACCUGGAUGCCGCGAAAAGCCCAGAUACCGAUCGCGUGGCAGCACAUCCGAAAGGCGUUCCAUCUGGGAGACCAAACAAGGUGAACAGCGAACAGGAACCAGUCCGGAAAGUGCGGAAAGGGUAUUUGCAACAGCGUAGCGCCUUUCCCUGGAAACCGACACAGUUGCACUCGACAGCCGACGGCGUUAGGCACGUCCAGCUUACGGGAAAUUUACGUCCAUCUUACGUCAAAGGCUCAGCUAUUGAGAUCACAGCAGAGGUCAGACAGGCAGAAGAGAUCGACCGCGAUUUUGCCGGGGAUGUCUUCUUUAGCCUUUAUUCAAAAGACGAGGGACCACUCGGUGCGGCGACGCAGCAAGUACCAGAGUCGCGAACCUCUCGUGUUCGCGCAAAGAGAGGCAUCGUAGUUGCGAGGCCCGUCCUCGAAACUGAGGGAGAGGUUGCGAUCAGGAUUCACUGCGGCGGCUGCGUUUCGACAAUCACCCCUUUUUUCUCCGUUACAAAGUUGACCGCAAGGAGACUCGUGCUCAGUCGACAGCCCUCCAACAGUGUCGCCGGUGUCCCCUUGCCUGAUCAGCCUGUUGUGAGAGUGGUAAAUGCAGACGGUUCUCCCGCACAAGGACGAGUCGUCGUCGAGGCAACGCUUCUCGUCCGUGGCAUCAAACCCGAACUGAAAGCGCAUGCGCUUCUCGGAACCAAGACCGUUGAGACGACUGACGAAGGCGUUGCCGUUUUCAGGGACUUGGCGGUGUCUUUAGUGGGCGACGCGUACUUUCUCCGGUUCGCAUUUGCUGAGCCGUACUCUUCCUUUCCGUCCACUUACUCAUGGCCAUUCGCGAUCGAGCACGGCCCUGCCGCUGGCUUGCGGUUUGCGACUGAACCGCCGGCCGAGGUUUUGCCGGGCGAACACUUUUCGGUGUCGAUUGACAUUGUUGACAGGUGGGGGAACAGUGUGUCCGGCAUGGCGGAGGACGCAGCAGGCAACCCGGCAGAGAUUACGCUCGGCCUCGCUGGAACGUCCACCUCGACUUCGCUCACUGGCACGCGCGUGCGAGAGGCGACGGGAGGUCCCCUGCUGUUCGACGGUCUCGCGAUAACUGACAUUUUCAAAGGCGAUCUGCAACUUGAGGCUUCCUGCGCGAAAUGCCUACUCGCUCCAGCGCAGUCGCAUCUCUUCAAGAUAUCUUUGACGAACGUGGCACGCAUUUCAAAAUGUCCCCUGCUUUACGAAGACGGGGCAGUCUCCACGGAGGUUCCGCCGCCAUCUGCUGGUCAAGGCACGUACGGUUUCAGUUUCAACACUUGUGUGUACCAAAUAGCGCUCCUUGCGGAUGAAUCGCAGCUGCUUGCCCCGAAGCACGAGGUCAUCGUUACCGUUGCAGGCAUUGCGCUGAAAGACGCAGUGCCCGGUUUACAAGGAGAACGCCUGCCGGAGGAACGGUUUCGCAUUACACCCAGGACUCUCACGUUCUCUCCCUCGAAUUACCACGUUCCUCAGGACAUUCUUCUGGAGGUUGCCGACGACAACGAAAUUGUCGCCUCCAGCGAACUCACGAACGUCGCGAACGAGAUGUUUGUGGGCGACUACAUCAUUCGUCAUACAAUGCGGUCGGCCGACAAGAUUUGGAACGAUGGAAUUGUCAAAUGGGAAGUCGCUAGCGGCGACUCCGCCGCAGGCACAGAGCACUUCAUCGACUUCAUGAACGGUGGCGACCAAGACCGGGCAUUCGCCACCGAAGGCAAUCUCAUGGUUCGCGUUGUCGACGAUGACAGACGCCGCGUGAUCACCAAGACUGCCUCCACCAUUCGAAUGGAGGGAGAGCCGACGUCGUACACGGUGUGGCUGUCGAUGCCGCCCUCACUGGGGACGAACGUGACCGUGCGAAUGGAGCCGGCGCUGGGAAGUCGGUCGGUGACCCUCGAUCCUGGAGUCCUCGUGUUCACGCGGGACAACUGGAAGAUCCCCCGAAAUGUUUCUGUUCACACUGACGACGACCACAUAGCCCUUCCACCGGAAAAGAAGGGAAAGAGACUAACAUGGAACCAGAUCGAUUUGAUACAGAUUGCACAAACAGUGCUUAGCGAUGAUAACUUCACCCUGGCCGCCGCAAAUUUCGGAAUCGCUGUGCGAGACAACGACAGAGCUGGAUUCGAAUUCGAGGAGACAGCUGUCCUGGCAGAGGGCGCGACAGCUUCAGCGUCUUUCCGGCUUCGCUCCCAGCCUGUCGGCCCGGUGACGAUUCGACUUCAGUGCGAUGGGGCCCACGUAACAGCCGACUUCGAAGGCCACACGUCGCUGCUGAUUGAACCAUUGGACUGGAAUACUCCUCAUCCUGUCACCCUUCACGCCGACUUUUCAGCAGAGAUCCUCGGGCCUGAGUACAAGGCGUUCUGUAAAGUUGUCGCCGAAUCGGACGACCCAAACUACAACUCAGCGUCAUGGGACGAGAACCACAACGAUGUACCGGUUUACGGCUUCACUGUCGUAGUCUACCGCCCGAGCCUCGACAGCGACGACAAAUUGACAGCCACCGUCUGUCCGGUUGGCCAAAGCCUUCAGAAAUCUUCGACCGGAGAAGUUGACAAGUGGGAAUGCCGGCCGUGCCCGCGGGGGCACCGCUGUCCUCACCCUCUGAUAAAGCCGGAAAAGUGCGGAGCAGGCGGCAAACAUCCGCAGUCUCGUGACGGGUGUCCAAACCUCUGUCCGGCGCCCGAGGUCGUCUGCGGAACCUACGCACCGUAUACAGACUACUGGACGUUCGACGCCUGUGACCCGGGUUUCUUUUUCUAUCCAAAACUUGGCGGCUCCUACUGUCUCCCGUGCCCCGCGGGAAACUACUGCCCGCAGUUGUUCGUCAUGCCGACUCCCUGUCGUCGAGGCACAUACUGCCCUCAGCAGACCAUCACGCCCCAACUGUGUCCAGCUGGGUUCUACUGCGCGAGGCCUUGGCUGCCACCGGAGCCGUGUCCAUACGGCAUGAUGAGUGACCAAGGAGCGGACCGCUGCAUUCCGUGUCCCGAGGGCUAUAGCUGCCCGAACGCCCCUUUGAUGGGGACUCAAAAAUGUCCUGUAAACACGCGCUCUUUCAUCAGGAACCCAAAGUGCCUCCGCUGCGAUGACAGAGGAGAUACGUACUGUUCACACAGUGCACAUGUGAAUAUCUGCUAUUCACCGGAGGAGAUUCCAGACCCAGACGGUUCAGCCCGUUGUAUUCCUUGCCCCGCUGGCCAUGAGUGCAUCCUCGGCAAAGCCAUCCCGUGUCCCGCGGGAUUCUACUCGGAAGAAGCUGGAGGCAUCUGUCGCCCCUGUGAAGCGGGACACCUCUGCGAGGAGAAGGAACCGGGUCCGAAUACCGGCCGAUACGUGAACGGAACGUUUUACAAAGAACCCGGCGUGAUCGAAGUCAAGGUUUGCCCGCCGGGUUCCUUUUCCUGGGGCAUCGCAUUCACCUCUCACGACGGCUGUCAGCCAUGCGGCGCCGGCGUCUACUGCCCAUACAACACUAAGGAACUUCCCGUGAUAUGCGCUGCAAAUGAGUAUUGCCCAGAAGGCACUCUGAAGCCUCUAAAGUCGCCUCCUUCUGGAGCGGCAGAGCCCUGCAAACCUUGCCCCGACGGCAAAAUCUGCCAUCUUGCAGGGAUGCUCGAACCUGUCCACUGCCCCGCGGGCACUCAGCAUUUCAACGCGGAUACGACCGGUGUCGAGCCUGCAGGAUAUCCGGAAGAUCGGGAACAGAACACUGUCUACCAGGGCCCUAGUACGAUGGCGAGCAGCCUGAUGGCUUGCAACAAAUGCGCUCCUGGAACUUACUGCAGGGGCGGCGGGGCAGUCUCCCAAAAGUGCCCGGAUCGCCACUUCUGUCCAGAAGGCACGGAAACGCCGGUCGCCUGUCCUCCAGGAACGACGACAACAGUGGGCAUCGGCGCUGCGAGCGAAUCGGACUGCACUCCGUGCCCAGCAGGACGCGCCUGCCACUCGGGAAAAGAGGAGCCGUGCGAAGCAGGAUACUUCUGCCCAGAAGGGACGAGGUACAAGUACGAAUUCCCGUGCCCCGGAGGGUCUUUCUCGAACCAAGGCCAAGCGAAAUGCUCGCCCUGUCCGGAAGGAAAAUAUUGUCCCCCGGCAAGUACGGCGCCGAAAGCUUGUCCUGCAGGGUACUACUGCCUGGCGGGGUCCGACAACCCGUGGAAUACUCCGUGCCCCGCGAACACGUACUCAUCGAAACAGAAUCUGAAAAGAGAGCAGGAAUGCGUGAAGUGCAAGAAAACUCAGUACUGUCCUGUGGCCACGGUUGAUCCCCUCCCGUGCCCGCAAGGCAGCGGCACGCAGACAAAAUGCCCCAGAGGCUCCUACUGCCCCGUGGGGACUGCAGAGGCUGUGGGAAUUCUCUGUCCCGCCGGAACCUACAACGAUGAAGAGGGGGGAACGGGCGCAGAGCAGUGCAGAGUCUUGCCUGCGGGGUCUUACGCUGGAGGCGGAGCCCAAUCGGAAGCAGGCGACGGGCAAUGCGAUAAGGGGUACUACUGUCCCGAGGGUUCGACGGUGCCCCAUGCUGUGCCCUGCCCGAAAGGGACAUAUCUCGACCAGCCCGGUGGAGAACGGGAAGAAGAUUGCCAACCCUGUCCUCCUGGCACCUACUGCGACACCAUCGCGGAAACCAGUCCGCCGUCGUGUCCACCGGGGCACUACUGUCUAGGUGGAACCGAUUUGCCGGUACCAUGCCCCGUGGGUACUGUCAGAAAGGGAGUUGGCGCGGCCUCUCGAGAUGCGUGCACGUCGUGCCCAACGGGGAAGUACUGCCCGCUGCUUGGCGCCGUAGAAGAAGCAGGCAGUUGCGAAGCGGGAUACUUCUGUAUCGAAGGCGCGACAGUCUCUACACCGACGGACGGUGUCACUGGAAAAGUUUGCCCUCUGGGCUACUACUGCGGAACCGGAACGCAAGCGCCGACGAGCUGUCCCGCCGGCAAGUACAUCCCCUUUGCCGGUUCUAUGAGCGAAAAUGACUGCAUCAGCUGCAAACCAGGAUUCUACUGCGACGGCACAGACAAUGCAAAUCCCUUAAAGCCUUGCUUUGCAGGCUUCUACUGUACCGGCGGUGCCACGACGGGCGCGCAGAACACAGUGCCCCCAGGGCACUACUCGCCUGAAGGGAGUCGCGGCCCCACCGCGUGCCUGCCUGCCACCUUCCAAGACCAGCAGGGACAACCCGAGUGCAAACCGUGCACGCGGGGACACUACUGCCCAGAACUGGGGAUGUCGACACCUACAGAGUGCGGAGCUGGCCGAUAUUGCCCGGAAGCUUCGUCGGCACCCUCGCUCUGUCCCCCUGGGACUUUCUCGGCAGCUGCGACCGCAGGAGACGUUUCAGAGUGCGCUGCAUGCACCCCCGGCCACUACUGCGCGGGCCCAGGCGCCUCUGUGGUCACCGGCGACUGCUCAGCGGGCUAUUUCUGCAAAUCCGGCAGUCGAUCACCUACUCCUGAGGAUGAAACGGAAAAUUUCGGCCCGUGCCCAGCAGGAACGUUUUGUGGCAUUGGCACGGCGCUGCCUACGCCGUGCGACGUUGGCACCUACGGGCCUUCGCGACGAGCUGUUGACAAGAAAGCUUGCGUCCCGUGUGAUGCCGGAUCGUUCUGCGACGCCGAAGGCCUGUCAGAGCCGACAGGGCCGUGCGGGGAAGGCUUCUACUGCCCCGAGGGAAGCAAAGCUGCGAACCCUCAGACAGGAGAGUGCCCUGAGGGCCAUAAGUGUCCCACCGGUUCACCGGCUCCUAGGCCGUGCCAGCCAGGGACUUACCAAAGCCGGCGCGGCCAACGCACGUGCGUGGAAUGCUCAGCUGGACACUUUUGUGGAGCCGAGGCGACAGCAGAGACGGUUUGUCCGCCUGGCGCCUUUUGCCCGCCCGGCACCAAACACAAACACGAAAACUUGUGCCCUCCCGGCACCUUCAGAGCUGCUCAAGGAGCCGAGUCCCUGUCAGACUGCGAACCCUGCGGAGAAGGAGAGUUUUGCGGGGAUUUCGGUCUCACGCAGCCAUCGGGCAAAUGCAAGGAGGGCUUCUACUGCAAAAAAUAUAAUGUUGUCAGCCAACCGCUCGCCAGUGGCUGCUACUUUGCAGCUCCAGUGAGAGGGGGGCAGACGACUGCAUGCCCAGACACCGUGGCUGCGGCGACCGCAAGCAAGGCUGAGGCAUUCGACGCGUGCUCGACUUCGCAGCUCUGUGAAGGAGUCGUGGAAACAGCUAACGGAAGAUUCCUCCCACGAUGCGGCGGAUACACGACUACGGGAGAGUUUCAAGACACCAUCUUUUACUGGCGCAUUUGUUGGAUCGGCGCGCGGUGUGGCCCAGGCGAGCUGUGCGCUGCAGGCUCAGCCGCACCUACAGCUUGUCCCGAGGGGAAAUACUGCCAGGCGACAGGCGCUAGCCAAGAGCAGGGGCCUUGUCCUGCGGGGUAUCUCUGUCCUGACGGCUUGUUGAACACGAUGGCGGUGUCCCGUCUGUGCCCGAAAGGCCACUUCUGCGUCGAGGGCAGUCACGAAGCUGAUCCGUGCCCGGAAGGGACGUACUUACCGGCCAGCAAGGUUCCCCCGCAGCGCACUGUUGUUCUCACUGGAAAUCCGUCGUUCCGUCUGCCUGAAACAGGCUUCUUUUGUGAGCAAGGCGCGAACUCGGCUCGGGCAGCGGAAUGCCCGGCAGGCCGCUACUGUCCUCGAGGAGCUGUUGAAGCCAUUCCUUGUCCAGCUGGGACCGUGCAGCCUGAGACUGGGAAAGAGUCUUGCCUUCCUUGCAGCACAGGCCAUUACUGCGAAUUCGGUGCGACAGCGGGAAAACCUUGUCCAGCAGGUUACUACUGCCCGUCUGCCUCCGGCGCGGGUACCUCUUUCCCGUGUCCAACCGGCUCAUUUUCAGAUCGCGAAGGGGUCACGAGCGCAGACACUUGUACCAAGUGCUCGGCCGGCUAUUUCUGCGAUGCUCCGGGCCAGACUGCGCCUGUCGGGAAAUGCCUUCCAGUCUUGACUCGACUGGUGGCGGGCGUCGGGUUCCCCGGAAAAUCUGCAGAAGGAGCCGCCGCAAGCACUGCCUUCUUGAAUGGUCCGCAAGACGCUGUACGCACGCGCAGCGGCGACAUUUUUAUUGCGGACACAGCGAACCAACGCGUCGCCAGGCUCGACGGCGUCACGGGGGAAGUCACAACCUACAUUGGCCAAGGCUUCCGUCAAGGGGAUUCGCGCUGGAUUCUCACUGCCAGCCCCACAAGACUCGCGUUGUCGCCCGACGAAGAAACGCUGUACAUCCUGUAUUCAGACGUUGCAAGGCUGGUUGAACAUAAGUUUGCAAGCACAGAGACGAAGGAGAUCGCGCAGGCGAGAGGCUCGAGUUCUCCUCAGGGGUUAGCCGUGGACCCUACCGGGUCCGUCUUGUACAUUGCUGACACGGGGAACGAUCGGGUCAGAAAAGUUCUGCUCAGCUCUCCAAACUCCGCAACAGAUCUCUUCGGCCGGGAUCGUCCAGACACCGCCGACACACCCGAGCCGGGUCCGUGGCUCGACGGGCCUUCAGCUGUAUGGGCGGACUCGAAGGACGUCGUCUACAUCGCCGACGCAGGAAACGGAAGAAUUCGAAAGUUCGAGCAAGCUCCCGGACAGCCAGGCGGUGGACGGCUGACCACAAUCGUUGGCGGGCCAGUGACGGGGGUUCAUCUGGACAACCCCGUUGCCCUCACAGGAUUCGAAUCCGAAGGGAAAGUGUACCUCGUUGUCUACGACUCUGGGCUCGAACUGGUCAUGAAGAUUGACGACUCUGGACCCGCGCCAACAAAGGUGGAUUUGUUUGAUACAUCUCUCGCUGGAGAUGGGCACGCGGGCUCCCAACUCCAUUCGUCUGUUGGCGGCUUGAACCUGGAAGCAUCAACUGGAGACGCGGCUGCGGUCCUCUUCGGGGAUCCCGCGCGACACCGCAUCCGCCGCAUUUUUCUAAACCCGCAGUAUGAGGCACCUGCAGGCAAGAAAGUUCCAUGUCCGGCAGGAACCUAUUUGGACUACGAUGGCGCGUAUGCUGAAAGCAACUGCAAGAAGUGCCCCGCUGGGAAAUAUUGCCAAGGCGAAGGACUUACCCAGCCAACUGGCGACUGCGCCGGGGGAUUUACCUGCGACGCCGGAUCGCAGCAGCCGGAGGGCCAGCCUUGUCCGCUUGGUCACUUCUGUCCUGCUCCGUCCGUACAAGGCACGCGGCAGAACUUGGCCUUGGGGAAGUCUGUGCUGACUCCCUUCUCCUACGGACGGUCGUCGGCAUCGGCUGUAACCGAUGGCGACUUCUCAGAGGCUUCUUCGUGGCCUCGCCCGAGUUCCCAGUCUCAGCGAAAUCCUUCCUGGCCAUCCGAAGCAAGCGCGCGACUGCCUGGAGAAGACGUUUUCGUCAUCGACAUCGAGGAUGAGUCGGCGAUUGGGAGCAUCGAACUUCACACCGGCCGCCCGUAUGAUCACGCGCUCCCUUCGAAGGUUCCGCAGCCGUGCACACCGGGAACGUACCAGGACGAGGAACGGCAGACCACGUGCAAGCAAUGCCCAGCGGGGCACUUUUGCCUGUCGUUCAGAACGGAGCGCCCCGCGCGCUGUCCCGCAGGCUUCUAUUGCCCGCCAGGAACGACAAAUCCCCGAGUCUUUCCAUGCCCUCUCGGGUCGUUCUCCAAUCAAGAGGGUCUGACGCAAGCUGACGGCUGCCAGCCGUGCCCGGCAGGCAGAUACUGCGCAACGAGGGGGUUGACGACGCCAACCGGCCUCUGUGACGCGGGCCAUCUGUGCAUCGGGAGGUCUUGGCUAGCCGCGCCGACGAGCGCCUCUCUCAAUCCCGACGUCGUCGUGACGAAGGAUGGGCAACUGACGCUUCUCUCAGGUUUUGGAAUGCUCUGUCCAGUGGGGUUUUUCUGCGAACGAGGCGCAGUCGCACCGUCCGAAUGCCCCGAGUAG